CCGCGCUCGCCUUCCCGCAGCACCCCCUGCGCCUCCGUGCAGCCCCACCGUGCCCUCCCGCGUGGAGUGGGAAGGGGAAAGGAUUUGUGGCAGUAUCUUGCCCGGGCACGGCCGGGGUUGGGAACAGAAGGAGCCAGGCUGGCCGGACCGGUGUUUUGCCGCCUGGAGGGUGAUCCCCUCCCUGCCGCAGGCAGGACGCCUUCGGGCUUCCCCGGCGUUUCCCAAGGCUCCCACAACCUGACCUACUUCCUCGGCCGCCUGUGCCGGGAGGAGCCGCUGCGGGGCUCGGCCGAGCUGCUCCCCCAUGCCGGGGGCUGCACGAGCAUCCACUCCCCUGCUGCACCACCAUGGGAACAUCCAUAUCCCUCAUCCCCAUGCACAGCCCGUGGCACCCCAGGCAUGCCAGAUCCUUCCAGAGAGUCCGUCCCUGGUGCCCUUCGUGGGGUGCUGAUGCCCGGAGCAGGUGCUGGGCUCGCAGAGGGAGGUGACAGCGCAGGCCGGGAGCUGUCAGACAGUGCUGGUACUGGGCUUUUCUCUAAUUCUCCAUGGCAGCAGCACAGGGUCCUGUGACCUGUGAGCCUGACACCCGUGUCCUCGGCACCUACCUCUCCUCGGAGCCCGUCGGCGUCGUUGGCAGCAUGGGCAGCGUGGGCAGCCUGGUGGAGAAGCAGGAUCUGUCCCCUCUGGAGCUGCGGGCCCCGCUGGGGGGCUCACGGGGGCUUCGGCAGCCUGAUGGCUUGUUGCGGAAGGGGCCGAGCCAGCGGGAGCUCUUCGGGUACCUGCACGGGGCCAAGAAGGAGAUGCGGUCGGAGCGGAAGCAUCAGAUGUCGGGUGCCUGCUACAAGAGGGACUACGAGAGUGACCGCGAGAACCGAUCCCCCGAGCGCUGCUCCCGGGAGCAUCACCGUGGGGCUGACUUCUCCAAGAGCUCCCUGCCGGAGCGGGGCCGCUUCGACAAGUGCCGUAUCAGGCCCUCGGCCUUCAAGGCGGUGGCUGGGAAGGGGCUGGUCUCCAUGCAGGGCCUGUCCUCAUCCAAGGGGCAGAAGUUGUCCAAGAGCAAUGGGAGCCUGCACACGCUGCUGUCGCAGAGUAGCACAGCAGCCCCACAGCAUGGCCCGCUCCGCACCCACCUGCUCCACGCCAUCAGCCUGGAUGAGGCCUCUGACUCCAGCCACAACUCCAUCCAGAGCUUCCCGUCCUACGGCUCCCGCCUCAAGCCUGCCCAGAGCCAGUUCAGCGCCUCCAUGGGCCACAUUAACCACAUUGGGGGCUCCUUGGACAGGGUCUCCCGCAGCCCCAGGGACCCCCUGGCCCCUGAGAAGGUGCCCCUGUCCUGCAAAAGCAUGGCCACUCUGAGCCGGCUGCAGAGCCCCGGUGAGCCCCCACCACCCUAUGAGUUCUCCUACUCGCUGGAGGAUGCGGUGAAGCAGCUGGAGGAUCGGCUGCAGGAGACAGGAGGGGAACUGCGGCAGCUCAAGAGGAGCCUCAGCGAGACCGAAGACCCCUUCACGCAGGUGUUUGAGGACAAGCAGCGGCUGUGGCUGGACGAGCUGGAGGACCUGAAGCAGAUGUACAUGGCCCGGCUGCAGCAGGUGAUGCAGCAGGCACAGCGUGGGCAGCGGGCACUGCAGCUGCAGCUCUACAAGGCACAGCAGGAGAAGAAGCGGCUGCAGGAGGAGCUGAGUCUGCAGCAGUGCCAGUGUGAGGAGCCCAAGCUCCGACAGCCCCAGGGCGAGCGUGGCAGCCCCAAGCUGGAGGAGACCAAGUGGGAGGUGUGCCAGAAGGCAGCAGAGAUCUCCCUGCUGAAACAGCAGCUCCGGGACACCCAGGAGGAGAUGGCUCAGAAGCUGGGUGAGAUCUUCAGCCUGAAGACGCAGCUGCGGGAGGCCAAGGCGGAGGUCCAGGCCAGGGACUCCCAACUGGCACAGCUGGCAGACUCCUUCCAGAGUCCCCCAGAGCCCAGCACCUCGAUGCCUCUGGGUGACGACCCCAUGCCGUCGUGCCAGGACUUCCCUGGCUGCGAAACUGAUGACUCCAAGUGCCGGGGCCUCCACAGCGACUCGGCGGAGCCCCUGGAGCGGCAGGUGGAGUGGCUGUGGGCAGAGCUGCUGCGGGAGCGGCGUCAGGGCCAGCUGCAGGCUGUGAACUUUGAGCUGGAGAGGAAAACGUGGCAGGAGGAGAAGGAGAAGGUGCUGCGGUACCAGCGGGAGCUCCAGGCCAGCUACAUGGAGAUGUACCACCGGAGCCAGGCGCUGGAGCGGGAGCUGCGACAGCUGCGGUCGGAGUCCAGGGAGGUCGGGACUGACUCGCCCUGGAUCGAGCGGGUGGAGUCCUCGAAGAUCUGAGGGAUGGGAUGCCAGUGGGACUGUGAAGGGGGAACAUCUCUUGGUGCUGCAGUGGGACGAUCUCAGGGUGUGCACAAGGACUGGCCGCUCAUCGCUGCCCUGGGCCGAAGGACCGAUUGCAACAAGGGAGCUUUUCCUUCUUGCAGCGCUUCAGGCCCUUCUGGAGGGGGUCUCUGGAGAGCAGUGGGGCCAUCUGUGCCAGGGUAGGGGUCUUGCAUGUGCCCCAUGCUCUGACUCUGGGAGCGUUUGCCCUGUGAUUCCUUCUGCCAUGGGGGCAGAAACCAAGCGCCCUGUGAAACAUUCCCUGUCCCUCCUGCUCUGCUGUCCCUGUUCCCGCAACCCAGUAACUUAAUGUCUUGUGAGGAGGGGCUUGAGCCCUGUCCCCACCCCACUACCUUGCUGUGGGACUUCCACCUGCUGCUCGCAGUGGCCACCUUGUCAGCAUGGCCCUGGAGCUGCUGGUGCCACUAGGAAGGCAGAGGAGGAAACCUGAUGAGUGCUGGUACUGCUGGGAGGGGGCAGCUGCCCCAGCACCUCUGCUGGGGCUUCCCAUGUCCCCAUUGUGGCUCUGCAAUGGAGGUGAUUGAUGCAGCUUCCCUCGGGCUGAGAGGGGCGCGUGCCUUGUGCAGGGAGGGAUGGAAACUGGUGCCCUGUCACACUGGGAGGAAUUGGGGGGGGAAUAGAACAUGUGGGCAGGGAUGUGCUGGAGCUGGGGAAGAGACUGGGGUCUCCCCUUGCAGGGUGGGUAAGGGAGAGCUGGGGGAGCUCCAAGGCGCUGGGAGGAAGGAGCCCUGCUCUGUGUCUGUAACAGCAGAGCCACAUGAAGGCCAGGCCCGACCUCACACCCCGUUCCUGCAAUAAACCUGUAUUUCUCUC